AUGACCCUCUCUGUCGAUUCAGACCUGAACAUGCAAAACACCAACCUCCGGGCGUUUUCAAGACCACUACAACUAUCCCGCUGUGUGAAAGACGUUUACAAGGAACCAGCUGUGUCGCUCUCUAUGGCGAUACUACCUAAAAAUGGGAACACCAGCUUCCGGAUGUUUUCAACUUUUACAACCAGCUGGAUUGUCGGACCUCGCUAUCAAACUCGUCCAUUAGUAUAUCUAAAACCAGCCAAACUACAAUCAGCCGGGUGCCAGCCGGCUGUCGAGAAAAUGUACCCUGGGGUACGGCCCCAUUACCACUCACCCGGGGCAGACACGGAUUCCGGUAGACGGAAUCGACAGGUGGCUUCUGAAGACGUCGUGCUCGAGAUGGACAGGAAAGCCCGCGCGCUGCAUGACCUUAAAGGUGAUCGAUCUCUAAAACCAGCCAGAUACUACAACCGACCGGGCGCCAGCCGUCUGUCGAGUAAAAUGUUCCCUGGGGUACGACCCGAUUACGACUCAACCAAGGCAAACACGGAUUCUGGUAGACGGAAC